GCGGAAGAAACCAGAUAGCUAUUAGGAAGUUUAGAUAUAAAACCAACAGUAAGAAAGCAUUUUCUCUUGGCUGACCGAUUAGCUGUGCUUAAGGCAACAUGAAUCCUGUACCGAGUACCUUGUUGUUUUCAGUGCUUCUACUUCUGACCCACAGAAUUCAGGAGCUGGUGGAGGCGUGCAGCUGUGCCCCUGCCCAUCCGCAGCAGCUCAUCUGCGACUCGGCUUUAGUGAUUCGAGCAAAAAUAUCCAGUGAAAAGGUGGUUCCUGCCAGCGAUGACCCUCUUGAUACCCACAAAAUGAUCCGGUAUGAAAUCAAACAAAUAAAGAUGUUUAAAGGGUUUGAAAAGCUCAAGGAUGUCCAGUAUGUCUAUACCCCUUUUGAUUCCUCACUCUGUGGGGUGAAACUUGAAGCUAACAACAAAAAACAGUAUCUUUUGACAGGCCAAAUUUUAAGUGAUGGUAAAGUCCUCAUCCAUUUAUGCAACUACAUUGAACCAUGGGAUGAUUUAUCCUUGUCUCAAAAGAAGAGUCUCAAUCAGAGAUAUCAAAUGGGCUGUGGCUGCAAAAUUACUACCUGCUACAUGGUGCCCUGUUCAAUCACUACACCAAAUGAGUGCCUCUGGACAGACUGGCUGAUAGAAAGAAAGCUAUAUGGGCACCAAGCCAAGCACUAUGCCUGUAUCAAGAGAAGUGAUGGCACUUGCAGCUGGUACCGAGGUGGUCCUCCCCCAGAGAAAGAGUUUAUUGAUAUCAGCGAACCUUAAAACGAUCACUUCCUAAAAAGCCUUGGAGUCGAAUUCCAUCAAACAUUGCACGCUCACAGCUUUGAACUGCCAUCGUCUAAUGUAUCUGUUGCUUAGAAACAAAAACAAAUUGUCCUGUACAGCUAAAGUACGAGUCUGUGGAAUUGGCACUCACGCGAGAUGAGGAACAAAUCGCCUGGAAGUAGCUACUCUGUAAAGUUAUGCUUUGCACAGAGAGGCUCAAGCCGAGAAUGCUCCUCUGUGUCCUCUAAGGCAUAACAAGUUUCCUUUUUACCAAUAUGAAUGUACAAGAACAAAAGAAUUGCCAGAAUUUUGUCCCCUAUUUCUGUUAAUCUACAGGUUAAGAGAGCCCCAUGUUUUACUCCAAAUCUUUCUGAUGAACCACGGAAUGUUUUAUAGAACUAUUUUUUUCUGUAUGAAAGUCUUCUGAUACAAAAGAAUUAUUGUACAGUGUAUAUGUAAAGUAUUAUAACAAUGUGCUAUUAAAAAAAGAUUCAAAAAUCCCUAUAUUUCCUUAUCUGUUGAAACAAGUUGAACACUUCUGUGAUUAAAACAAUCUGUGCUCCAUAUCUUGUAUGUUACUUAUAUCAUAGCUUUCUUUAUCUACAGAGUAACUUUCAUUGAUAACUAAGUUAAACAGCCAUGAUAAUCAAAAUCCUCUUACCCAAUUCAAUAUUCCUAUGGACUAGCUAUACCUUGUUGAAAGAAAAGCCAGAUGUUCUAAUGCUUCAGCAUUUUAUGGAUCCAAAUAAUGACAGGCUAAAACUGCUUAUAUUUACAGAAACCAUGUCCAUCAUCAUGGCAGCUGUAGUACUUGAUAAUGCCUCUCUAAAUACGUGACUAGGUCAUUGUAUCUCAGCACUGUUAAAAGCCUUGGCUUUAGAUACUCAUGUAAAAAUAUAUGCAAUAGAUACUGAAUAACUUACACUGCAAGUGAUUUCUAAAAAGCUCUCAAAUAUUUGACCAUAUUUAAUAGUUUAAAUUUACAUUAAUGAUUUUUCAUUCAUGGAAACCCAUCGUACUCUGUCAUAAUGAAUUUGGUAACUCAUGAACUUAUACUAGAGAAGUGUUACAACGUAUUUUGCCUUUUAGUUCUUUAGUGUCUUAACUUUUACGAAUUGAUUACUGUAGUUAGUAACUAAUCGCACACAUAUUUAAGUUUACAAAAGUAAUUCAAUUCACAGUGGUAAAACUUAAGAAAUUCUUUCAGUAAAUGCCAAAGUUUAGACAGUUGUCCAACUGCUUGUGUUCUAGAAACUGGAUAAGAACCGUCACGCAGGAUAUGACUCUGUAAUAGCUGCCAUUUCCGAUGUAUUUUACUCUCUCCAAUUUUCUCCAUUGGGUUUCUUUCACUUCAUUCCAAUUUUGGCUAGAAUUACUCUCAUGUAUUCCUCAUAUGAGAAUUUAGAACAACGGGCAGAGAUUUAGACAGUUCUGUUCUCGUUUGGUUAGACCAGGUCUCUUUAAAGGUUUAACACAAACACUUUACUCAUUCCUGCUAACCAUAGUGUGACAUUUCCAGCCUAUGGGCUCAUUAAGAAUCAGAGCUCUUAUUGUUCAAGGGUCCAGUUUUCCAAAUAGUUCCUUUAGUCUAUUUGCUAUAAAGUCCUUAUAAAAUCUUUGGGAUGUAAACUUGCAAAGACGAUAUGCACAUCUUUAAGUGUAUAGGCAUCUCUAAUUCCAUUCAAUUUGAUGACAUAGUAGUUUGCACAUAACAUUCAGCAUGUCCCAUGUAUCUUGUCACACCCUAAGAUAUGUUGUAUUGGAUAUAUAGCAUAUACUUGCAAAAAAACCCUGUAUAAAUGAUUUUUGUGACACAUUCUGUUCAUGUUUCUAAUGUUUAUUUUGACAAUUGCAUGAAUCCAUAUUUAAAGGAUAGGUUUGAAAACACUUUUGUGAGCAUAAAUAUUAUUUACUUUUUUUGUGGCUAAACUUACACAAUUCCAAUGAAGUGCAAAUGAUGCAAGGCCAACAGGAAGGCACGCCAUUAUUCCUUUGAAGAAUAUAGGUCCCUUAAUAGUCAAUGUUUCAUUUUUUAUUUACUGUAAAUCAGUUUUGGUGUUUUAAUUUACAAUCCUAAAUUAAAACACCAUAUAUUUGUGCUGCCAAAUGUAACGCCUAGCUAGUUUUCUGCUUUGCUAAAGACAAACAAAAAAUUACCUAACACUAAUUUGGACCGUAGACUUCUUAUGGCUACUUACAUAAAUGAAAUAAAAAGGCUACAUUUCUUCCAAAAAGGAAUUGAUAUUACAGAGACAAUAUUGACAGUGCUAUUUACUGUCAGUGCUGUGCAUUUAUAUUACUAAUUUACAGAAAGACUUAAAAAACAGGCCUUAUUUCCACAUGUCAAACCAAAACAAUUCCUAGACAAGCCUGCAAGAGCUUAAUAACCAUACAAAGCCUGAAUCAAGCACAUGGCUCGUUAAUAUUCACUACACGUACGGUGUAGCAUUUGUUUCCAAAUCCAUUUUGAUGUAAUGGUGUCUUUUGAAUAGCACUCUGCAGCAAACAGAUAUUGUCUGCUUUUUAACUCAACAUAGUUCUGUUUCUAUUUCAGUUUUAUAGUAACUAGACCUUAAACUCAACUAACCCCACUCAGAUUGCCUUCUUUACGUACCUUGUAAAAAUAAAUGUUUUCUUCAAUAUUUAUGAACAAACUGUGAUAUGAAUUGUAUGCCAUAAUUAGUUUUAAAAACAUUUUGUAUUUGACCUGCCAUAAAAUAUCCUAUAUGAGGUGUUUCAAAAUUAAUGGCCGUCCACUUUGAUUUCUGUCUGAGCAUAAAUCUGGCCAAACUUCCCACAAUGGAUGGUACAAAGAUUUUUUCUUUUCUCUCGUAUCAAUAAAUAUGGCAAGAAAAGCUUUACAAAAAACCCUCUCAGAAUGAGUUUUUAUUUUCCCUGAGAUUCAGCACUGAUAAAGACUAUGAAAAGGAUUAAUUACAAUGCGGCAUUCUGAAUAUGUUAUUUUCCUAUCAAGAUGUUUACUGUAGUGGCAUUGAUAUAUUAUCAACAGCAGAUUAUUUUUACAACAUUUUAUUUUUACUUCUUGAAACUGUGCGUUAUAUGAAAUGUUAGAGCAGAAAUAUAGCCUGGUACAACAUUUGAUUUUAAUUUGAAAAUUACUCACAUGACUUAUGAUAAGAGUAGGGAAAAGAACAGAGAAGGGAGACUAUACAGGUGAACGGUGGAAAAAACACCACCUUGAAUAUUGCUGGCUUUUUCUCAAUGCUCCAGUUAAGUUUUAAUUAAAUUGUCCAACAAUUAUGUUGAAAAAGCCAGGGUUUUUUUUCAUGACAGAGAACAUAAGAGGUGGGAAUGUAGUGAAAUAAAGGAAACUAAUUACUGAGGGAAAGGCUGUAGAUAUGACUCAACUAGCAAUGAGUUCAAAAAGCCUUACAGUGUUUUGUAUAGUUUUAAUCAGUCUGAGAUGAAUGUUUCUGUUUCAAAAAGUGUUUCAUUAAAGCAGCUCCAUUUUUAC